AUGGCUAUGGAAGAAUUCAACACCUUUAUCAAAAGCCAAGUCGAUGACAUUGACUCAAUAGAAGCCUAUGUCAACAUCAAGCGGUUUGCCAAAGUCACCGAGAAAAAAGUCCUGAACUACCUUGAGGAUGAAGUCGGCAUACUGGAUAAAUAUGCUAUAUCCGAAAUUGCGUCUGAAUAUAAAAAAUCUGUGGACGUCAUCCAGGAUAUAGAUUUUAAGGAGAUCCAGCUUCUUCACAUCAUUGGACUCCAUUUCCAGCGACUCAAAGAAAAGCUCAAGGUUAUCGUCCAGGACUCAAACCAACGGAGGUGUCCAAAUAAACAAGGUGCAGACAGCUGUGGAUUAAUGGUGCAAACCUACAUCAACUGUCAGACCUGCGCCGAGGAGAAGGUUGUCUGCGCCGGGGGCCCUCCAAAAAAUCAAGACUACUUGGAGAGAUGCAGCUGCCUGUGCACCUCCAACAGAUGUUUUGAUCUGAAAACUGGACGGUCCUGCUCUCCAUGUAAAGAUCACAAGUCUCACCUGGCAGAGACUGUAAACUGUGGAGAGAUAAAUAUAAAAAUCCCAGAAUAUGAAGAACUAAUUCUGGACUGUACUUUUGAAUGGUACGCAAGGCUGGAGGACACCUAUAACAACGUGUUCACCCUGCCUCGUGAACACAAUCCUAAAAUCACCCGGGAGCCCUAUCUAGUGAUCAAGGGCGUACAGAUGGGGGACUCCGGACUGUACACGUGUACCACCAUCCUGGACUCUGAGGUGCCAGUGAGUAAGAUCACAUAUAACGUGGCAGUGCUUCUGAGCCUCCAUGAUGCAGACGAUUCUGAUAUUCUGACAUAUAUUUCAUGUUUUUUCAUGUAUAAGAUACACUACAAUGUCAUUAUCGUUCUCUUCAUGGAAUUAACUAUUAAUGUAAUUGUUUUCUUCAUUUAG